CUUAUAUCUCCUUCGUUCUAGUUGUAAGUCAGAUAUUAUUCUUUGAACCUUACUUGAUGCAGCCGAAGGACUUGGUUUGACCUCUUCUAAGCAGCGUAUGUUGGCACAGAUUUGCGGCAUAGUUAAUCUCAUCAUACCUUCGACAUCGCCCACCAUGUUGCAGCAUCCUCCUUUGACUGGCAUCAAGGUGCUAGAAUUCGCUGGUCUUGCUCCUGGACCUUAUGCUGGCAUGUUGCUCGCUGACGCAGGUGCCUCGGUUCUCCGCAUAGACCGUGCUCGACCCGACACAUCUGCUCCUACAGAAGACAUGCUAGCCCGGCAUAAAUCCUCCAUAUCCGUGGAUCUCAAAUCAGAGCGGGGUGUUGCGCUUAUAAGGCGCCUCGUUGCUGAGGCCGAUGUCCUCAUUGACCCUUUUCGUCCAGGCGUACUUGAGAAACUGUCUCUGGGUCCGGAUGAGCUGUGUCGUCUUAACCCAAGGCUGAUAUAUGGCCGCAUGACUGGGUUCCGUCGUGAUGGAAAGUACGCACUCAUGGCAGGUCACGACAUUAACUAUCUUGCCGUUUCAGGUACACUGGGAAUGCUGGGCAGAGAUGACGAGAAGCCACAUCCGCCGUGGAACAUCCUGGCUGACUUCGCUGGUGGGGGAGCAAUGCUAUUUGAAGGUAUCUUGAUGGCCAUCAUCUCAAGACAAUCUUCUGGCCGCGGACAAGUUGUCGAGGCAAACAUGGUAGAUGGAAGCUCAUAUCUGACCACUUUCCCUCGAAUGGCGCUCAAGACGAUAAUGGGCAACAGUGGCCGAGGAAACAAUUUGCUCGAUGGCGGUGCUCCCUUUUACGACACUUACGAGACAUCGGAUGGCAAACAUGUCGCCGUCGGGGCUCUUGAACCGAAAUUCUUUGCCGCUCUUCUAAGUGGGCUCGACCUUGCUGGUCAAGGAUGGGAAGAUGAUCAGCUCAACAGAGGUCGCUGGCCCGAGCUUCGGCAUUUAAUGACAGAUAGGUUUCGAAGCAAGACUCGUGCCCAGUGGGAACUAGUCUUCGAUGGUACAGAUGCGUGCUGCACCCCAGUGCUGGAGUAUAGCGAACUAGAGAAUGAUCCCAAGCGGGAAGGUGACCAGAGACCAGCGGUGACCUUGCGGGAGACGCCGUGUCUUGCCGUGAAAGAGGGCGUAGGGCAUGCAGACCCAGCUCGGUUUGGACAAGGCCCAGGUGUACCCGGAGAUGGCUAUAGAGCGAGUCUGCUGAAGCCUGGAGCAGGGGGGGAGGAAGUCUUGAGGAAAUGGUUGGGAUGGGAGAACGGAACCGAGUAUGUACUGGAGCGGGGAGGGUUUGUGCUCAAGGAGCUUUCCAAGCUGUGACAUGUACUAAGUAUGAGCGUCGUGUCCUAUCCAAGCCACCAUUGGCGCAGGCCACUGGUAGAAAGACUAGAUAACUUGUGUUAGGACAGAGGCACCAAAAAGAGAGAGUUGCGUUGGAUGCACACUCAGAAGGGCAAUGAUUAUAUAUUCUACCUAUAA